UCGACAAACCAAAAUGGCAAUGCCUUCAGCUUCAUCCCCCUCACUCUCUCUCCUCGUCUUCCUCUUUUGUCUCCUCACCCUAACCCUCAUUGCUGUUUCCUCUGCUCCAGUUCAAGAUCCUGAGCUAGUUGUACAACAAGUACAAAGGAGCAUCUAUAAUGCCUCGGCUACCCGGAGAAAGUUGGGCUACCUGUCGUGUGGUACCGGUAACCCGAUCGACGACUGCUGGCGGUGCGACCCGAACUGGGAGAAAAAUCGCCAGAGGCUGGCCGACUGCGCAAUUGGGUUCGGUAAAGGCGCCAUUGGCGGCAGGGACGGGAGGAUUUACGUGGUGACCGACUCUGGUGACGACGACCCGGUAACCCCUAAGCCAGGGACUCUACGACAUGCCGUCAUCCAAGAAGAGCCCCUAUGGAUCAUCUUCGAGCGAGACAUGUCGAUCAAGCUCAAGGAGGAGCUGAUCAUGAACUCGUUCAAGACCAUCGACGGCAGAGGAGCCAGCGUCCACAUCUCCGGCGGUCCAUGCAUUACGAUCCAGUUCGUGACCAACAUUAUCAUUCAUGGACUUAACAUUCACGAUUGCAAGCAGGGAGGCAAUGCUAUGGUGCGUGACUCCCCGAAUCACUUCGGGUGGAGAACAGUAUCGGACGGUGACGGAGUGUCCAUCUUCGGUGGGAGUCAUGUUUGGGUGGACCAUUGCUCGCUUUCGAACUGCGCCGACGGCCUGAUCGACGCGAUUCAUGGGUCCACGGCGAUAACGAUUUCAAACAACUACAUGACGCAUCACGAUAAGGUCAUGUUGCUUGGACAUAGCGAUUCCUAUACCCAGGACAAGAACAUGCAGGUCACUAUUGCCUUCAAUCACUUCGGAGAAGGUCUCGUUCAAAGGAUGCCAAGAUGUAGGCAUGGAUAUUUCCAUGUAGUGAAUAAUGACUACACCCAUUGGGAGAUGUAUGCCAUUGGAGGCAGUGCAAACCCUACCAUCAACAGCCAAGGGAAUAGGUUUUCUGCGCCAGAUAUAAGGUUCAGCAAGGAGGUAACGAAACAUGAGGAUGCACCCGAAAGUGAGUGGAAGAAUUGGAACUGGAGGUCCGAGGGUGAUAUGUUGAUCAACGGUGCUUUUUUCACGGCCUCAGGUGCCGGAGCUUCUUCAAGCUACGCAAAAGCUUCAAGCCUGGGAGCAAGGCCAUCUUCGCUUGUGGGUUCCAUCACCACAACUUCUGGUGCACUCAAUUGCCGAAAGGAUUCCCGUUGCUAGAGAUUGUGACCAGUUGGAGGGACAAUGCCCACUUAGAUAUAUAAUUAGGAGAAAGAAGAAGUUAGGUAGAGUGAAGAAACAAGGCAAGAAAAAACCUAAAAACACCAUGGGUCAAUGACUCAAAUCUCCAUUAGGAUUUUCUCUGCCUUUUUUUCUUCCCUACAAUAUUUUCUCUAUUUUUUACCCACUAUUUUCUACUUUCUUUGUUUUGAGUACGACCUCGGCAUGUUGUUCUGAAGGCAUAUAUUAGGGGUUCUGUUAGAGAAUCUCGAUGACCUUAGAAUACAAUUGCUGUAAGUGUUGAAUAUACUAAAUUAUGAAAUUAUCAUUCCACUUUGUAAUAUUAUUGAGCAAGCUCUUUGCCUCUCUC